CAUUCAAAACGCAUACAACGUCCACUAGUAUAGAGUAAUAAAAUCUCAAGCAGAUAAGAUAGUUUCAAAAAAAUGUCUAAAUUUACUGAACUCACCCUCCCACAAUAUCCCACAAAUCUGAUUAACAAGGAUUGGACACAACGUCCUGUAAAAUAUUACGCCGACCGUUUGAAUUUUAUAAAGAAAGUCCAUGAAUUGGAGGUAUACGAUGAUGACGUAUGGCUGGUGACAUUGCCGAAAUGUGGCACUACCUGGAUGCAGGAAUUAUUAUGGUUGAUUAUGAAUAAUUUUGAUUUCGAGACAGCUAAGAGAGAACAUUUAGAGGUCAGAACACCAUUUUUAGAAUUUGACUAUAUAGUCCAUGAAAAUUUGGCAACAGCAUUUGGACCUUUGGAUAACUUAACUAGACCCAGACUUAUUAAAACACAUUUAAGUUUACCGUUAGUGCCGGCACAAAUUUGGUAUAAGAAACCAAAGGUUAUUUAUGUUGCUCGCAAUAUUAAAGAUGCCUAUGUCUCGCAAUACUACCAUACUCGUAGUUUGGGUUUUAAUAUGGACAAGACCCUAGAUGAAUUUGUGGAAUCCAAUAUGCAGGGAGGAAAUUUAUUUGAUCCCUUUUUACAUAUAACUGAAUUUUAUUCGUUAAGGAAUGAACCUUGGUUAUAUUAUACAAGUUUUGAAUGUAUGAAACAGAAUUUAAGACAAGUUAUCACCGACAUUUGCAAAUUUCUCAACAAAACCAUAACUCCGGAGCUAAUGGAGAAAAUGCUCAAACAUUUAUCUUUUGAAGAGAUGAAAAAUAAUCCGAAAACAAAUCAUAUUUGGGAAUUUCAACAAGUCAGAAGGAAAAUGGGUUUACCCUAUGAACAUCAUAAUUUUGUACGCAAGGGCCAAGUUAAUGGUUAUAAAGAAGAAUUAUCUAAAGAAAUGGUGAAGAAAUUGGAUAAAUGGGUUCUGGAGAAUUUGUCAAAAUAUAAUCUUACAAUGGAAGAAUUGUUGUUAGUGAAGUGAUACUGUCGAAGAAGAUUUCAUAAGUUUAAGUAUUAAAGAUCAUAAAAGCUGUACGAAAAUUUUUAUAAAACUUAUGGCCUAAAUAAUGUUGUUAAAAGGAAAUAAAAGCCUUACGAAAGAAAUUACAAAGUUAA